UGUCGCUUCGCCGCCACCGCCAUCAUGAACAAGAAGAAGAAGCCGUUCCUGGGCAUGCCCGCGCCCCUGGGCUACGUGCCGGGGCUGGGCCGCGGAGCCACGGGCUUCACCACGCGCUCUGAUAUCGGCCCUGCCCGCGAUGCCAACGACCCCGUGGACGACCGGCACGCCCCGCCGGGCAAGAGAACUGUGGGGGACCAGAUGAAGAAGAACCAGACAGCAGAUGACGACGAUGAGGAUUUGAAUGACACCAACUACGAUGAGUUCAAUGGCUAUGCUGGGAGCCUGUUCUCAAGUGGCCCCUAUGAAAAAGAUGAUGAAGAAGCAGAUGCUAUUUAUGCAGCUUUGGACAAGAGGAUGGAUGAACGCAGAAAAGAAAGGAGGGAACAACGAGAAAAAGAGGAAAUAGAAAAGUACCGUAUGGAACGACCCAAAAUUCAACAGCAGUUCUCAGACUUGAAAAGGAAAUUAGCGGAGGUCACUGAGGAGGAGUGGCUGAGUAUUCCUGAGGUUGGGGAUGCCAGGAACAAGCGGCAGAGGAAUCCUCGUUAUGAGAAGCUGACUCCUGUCCCUGACAGCUUCUUUGCAAAGCAUUUGCAGUCAGGGGAGAAUCACACUUCCGUGGACCCACGCCAGACACAAUUUGGUGGACUGAAUACUCCAUAUCCAGGGGGUUUGAAUACUCCAUACCCAGGAGGAAUGACACCAGGCUUGAUGACACCUGGGACCGGUGAAUUGGAUAUGAGGAAGAUUGGCCAAGCCAGGAACACCUUGAUGGAUAUGAGGCUAAGCCAGGUGUCGGACUCUGUGAGUGGCCAGACUGUAGUGGACCCAAAAGGAUAUUUGACAGACUUGAAUUCCAUGAUUCCCACACACGGAGGAGAUAUCAAUGAUAUCAAAAAAGCCCGUUUGCUCCUGAAAUCCGUCCGAGAGACCAAUCCUCAUCAUCCACCAGCCUGGAUAGCAUCAGCCCGACUGGAGGAGGUCACUGGCAAACUCCAGGUGGCUCGAAACCUCAUCAUGAAAGGAACAGAGAUGUGCCCUAAGAGUGAAGAUGUUUGGUUGGAAGCUGCUCGGCUUCAGCCUGGAGAUACAGCCAAGGCUGUUGUGGCCCAGGCUGUGCGGCACCUGCCACAGUCUGUGCGGAUCUAUAUCAGAGCAGCAGAGCUGGAGACAGACAUCCGUGCCAAGAAACGUGUCCUUAGGAAAGCCCUUGAGCAUGUUCCAAACUCUGUGCGUUUGUGGAAAGCAGCCGUGGAGCUGGAGGAACCUGAGGAUGCCAGGAUCAUGCUGAGCCGGGCUGUGGAGUGCUGUCCAACCAGUGUUGAACUGUGGCUGGCGCUGGCAAGGCUGGAGACAUAUGAGAACGCUCGUAAAGUCCUUAACAAAGCCCGGGAGAAUAUCCCGACGGAUCGUCACAUCUGGAUCACUGCUGCCAAACUGGAGGAAGCCAAUGGAAACACCCAGAUGGUGGAGAAAAUCAUUGACAGAGCCAUCACAUCUCUUAGGGCUAACGGGGUGGAAAUCAACAGGGAGCAGUGGAUACAGGAUGCCGAGGAAUGUGAUAAAGCUGGAAGUGUGGCCACAUGCCAGGCAAUCAUGAGAGCUGUGAUUGGGAUUGGGAUCGAGGAAGAGGAUCGGAAACACACCUGGAUGGAAGAUGCAGACAGUUGUGUUGCUCAUAAUGCCCUGGAGUGUGCCCGAGCCAUUUAUGCCUAUGCCUUGCAAGUCUUCCCGAGCAAGAAGAGUGUGUGGCUGCGAGCAGCCUACUUUGAAAAGAACCACGGAACCAGAGAAUCCUUGGAGGCUCUUUUGCAGAGAGCUGUUGCUCACUGUCCCAAAGCAGAGGUUCUGUGGCUCAUGGGAGCCAAAUCCAAGUGGCUGGCAGGAGAUGUGCCAGCAGCCAGAAGCAUCUUGGCCCUGGCUUUCCAGGCCAACCCCAACAGCGAGGAGAUCUGGCUGGCUGCCGUGAAGCUCGAGUCGGAGAACAAUGAGUAUGAAAGAGCGAGGAGGCUGCUGGCAAAGGCUCGCAGCAGUGCCCCCACAGCAAGGGUCUUCAUGAAGUCUGUGAAGUUGGAGUGGGUUCUUGGGAACAUUGCUGCAGCCCAGGAGCUCUGUGAGGAAGCCCUCAAGCACUAUGAGGACUUCCCCAAAUUGUGGAUGAUGAAAGGACAAAUUGAGGAACAAAAAGAGCUGGUUGAGAAAGCACGGGAGGCUUAUAAUCAAGGGUUGAAGAAGUGCCCCCAUUCCAUACCCCUGUGGCUUUUGCUGUCCAGGCUGGAGGAGAAAGUUGGGCAGCUGACUAGAGCAAGAGCCAUCUUGGAAAAGUCUCGCCUGAAGAAUCCAAAGAAUCCAGAUCUCUGGUUGGAGUCUGUGCGCUUGGAGUACCGAGCUGGGCUGAAGAACAUUGCAAACACACUGAUGGCCAAGGCACUGCAAGAGUGCCCCAAUUCAGGAAUCCUGUGGUCAGAAGCAAUUUUCCUUGAAGCGCGACCGCAACGAAAGACCAAGAGUGUGGAUGCUCUCAAGAAGUGUGAACAUGACCCACAUGUCCUGUUGGCUGUGGCCAAGCUGUUCUGGAGCGAGCGGAAAAUAACCAAGGCCAGAGAGUGGUUCCACCGCACCGUGAAGAUAGACUCUGACCUGGGGGAUGCCUGGGCCUUCUUUUACAAAUUUGAGCUCCAGCACGGCACAGAGGAACAACAAGAAGAGGUGAGGAAGCGCUGUGAGAAUGCCGAACCUCGCCACGGAGAGCUCUGGUGUGAUGUCUCCAAGGACAUAGAGAAUUGGCAGAAAAAGAUUGGAGAGAUUCUUGUGCUUGUGGCAGCCAAGCUGAAAAACACCUUCUAGAGUGUGCUGGCCUCAGCUGCCUCAGAGGUCCCUGUGUAGGACUUAACCUGCUCGUGGUGCCCUUUCAGUGGCGCAGAUUUCAAAGGACAGGACAUGGAUGAUAGGAAGGAGCUUUCGCCCAAAAGGAAAAGCUGCUUCCUUCUUUCCCCAGCAUGACCAUCAGCUUCUGCAGCACACAGGAGCAUUGUAGCUGGUGUCACAUAGGAGACAGGAGCAGUCUUGUGAGGCUCUGUUGGCAUUUCCAUGUUGAUUCCUGACUCUCCCCUGCCAACACUAGCUUUAAUUAGCGCUUGUAUGGAUUCUGACAUGUGGCAGUCCCCCUGUUCUUGGCCCUGGCAUGUGUUCCCUGUCCCCCUUUAGUGUUUGGCCCAUCUUAUGUUGGUUCCUUGUCAGCAGAUCUGGGUUGUUGCUGUUGGAAUACAGUGAGUGUCCUUGAAGGAGAUGGGUGCAGUUUUGGGAGCAGCCCAGCAGCACAGGGAAAGGUCUGGGCUGGCUCCCCUUCUUUAGGUCCUUUAGUUUGGUCUCUGCUAACAAGCUGCUGCACAGCUUGGAGGUGUUCCUCCAACCUGAGCAGCUGGAGCAUUUUGUCAAAUUCAAAAGCAUAUUUUUAGAGAACUUUUCCUCAAUUUUUAAAUGUAUAUAGUAAAGCUUAUUCUUUUAGGUAUCUGAGUUCAUUAAGCACAGUGGUGGUUUGAAGUAACAAGGCAAAACUCAGCAAUCCCUGAAAGCCCUUUUGAAGGAAGAACAUUUAUUUAGAGUUGUUGGGAGACUGUGCUGUUACACAGCUGUGACUGCCUGUGGCUGGGAGGUUUGGGAUGGCUCCCUCCAAGUGCAGAUAGAAGAAAGCAAACUCAAGAGAGGGAAAGCUUUGUGUUUGGGACCCUUUGUACAGUGUCUUCAGUUUUCUACACUUGUGAUGUGUACCAUUUUUACCCGAACCUCCUGACUUUCUUGUGAUCAUAGAAUGAGAAGCUGUACUGUCUCACACCUGAGGCUAUAGCAGCUGUAUCCAGGUCUGUGGAUGUGCAUUAUCCCAUCUAUUUAGUUGGAGAAGAAACUCCCUUAUUGCUUGUUGGAGAAUAUGUAUAAAAUACAGCUUCUUUUUUUUUUUGUUUCCUUCUGUUGUC